UCUUCACAGAAUCCCGAUCAAUUCAACCCCAAUUAAUUAUCUUCUUAUCUUCUCUCUACCGUCGAGUUGAGGGCAUUACUACGAGCCGGAAAUCUACACAUCAUACAAACCUACGCAACCGCAAGAAUGUCCAUGUUCACCACGACCCGCUUCGCUUCGAGACUCCCCAGUCUGCUCGCAAGACAGCAGCAACAGAUCACCAACCCGGCCACCGCCGCGCAAGCCUGUCGGAAUAGCUCGUGGGUGGGCACCAACGCCGACGACCACGCCGUCAACCGGACCAAGAAGCGUGACAACACCGACGUCUCGACCGAUGCCUCAUCAGCCGGGCAGGAGGACCGAGAGUCAAGCUACGGGGUGCCGGACAGCUCCAAGCAGGCGGGCGCCACGGAGCGCGGGGGGCUGAAGCACGAGCGCAAGGCCAAGAAGGAGCAUCCAAAGGCGCCGGAGCCGAUUAUCGGGAUGAAUGAUGAGCGCGGACAGCGCGGUCACUAAAUCUCGUCGAUAAUGUCUGGCUGAUAUCAGUUUGUGCAACAAUCGUUUUCUGCUGUUCUAAAAACUCGUGUUCUCUUCAUGAAUGUAGCAUCACAUCGGUUUAU